UCCUCUCUUCGUGAACGUCGUACUUAUCGAGUAUCGCUCAUCGACCGUCGAAUCAGACCUGUUCUUAGCUAAUAUUCUUCAAUCAUUACUGUCUACUGCUCAAAUUCUUUCUCCUAAGAUGUCGAUGACAGCUUGGCCCCCGCAGCUGAAGCUAUGGCUGCAGAAAUGUCUUUCCGAAGCGACACCGUCUGUCAAGCUUGCUGUUAUGGAUGAGAUUAAGCAGAUCGUGGCCAAGCAUUAUGAGGACGGUACGUUAGAGACGACAGAUUGGGACAAAGUUGAAGUCAAGAGCAUGAAGCCGUUUGUCAUGCCUAAGAUACCAUCCAAGAGGAAACUAGAUACUUUGUCCGCUGGGAAUGUGUUGGAGAAACCAGCCAAGGCGGCCAAGAAAGCUACUUUUACCAAUUCCUGGGAGACUACUAACACUUCCAGCAACGGAUUUGCAACCGAUUCAUUGCGUCAAAGACGAGAGGACAGAUUCGCGAGAGAGCAUGAGAUCGAGCGGCAACGCCAGGCAGGGGAGCGGCCCGCUCAGGGAUAUUCACGUCACGUAAAUACACCUCCUGCUAAUGGAGCUUCCUUACUUGACCGCAUGGAAUCACUGCGUUCUACACCGAAGAAGAAGUCAAAAUUUGUCUACCAGAAUAACGUGGAGAAUGCGUAUGAUCCUAACGUGCUGAAUUGGGACAGACAUACGAUCGUUGGUCGCAGCAAAGAUCUCGAGAAGUCAUAUCUCCGACUAACAAGCGACGCUGAUCCGGCCAACGUCAGACCAUUGGAAGUGUUGGUCCAGGCUCUCGAAGUUGUCCUGAAGAAGUACAAGGCUCAGACGGUGAAGUACGACUACGUUUGCGACCAGUUGAAGAGCAUAAGGCAGGAUCUCAUCGUGCAACGUAUCCAGAAAUCUUUUACAGUCAAAGUAUAUGAGAUACAUGCGCGAAUCGCCAUGGAACAUAAAGAUCUGGUGGAGUACAUUCAGUGUUCGUCAGCUCUUCAUUCAUUACAUGCUCUGGGCUUGGACGGUCAUUAUGAAGAGUUUCUUGCAUAUCGUAUCCUCUACUUCGUCUAUACCAAAUCACGUAGUGAUCUGAAUGCACUAAUCGCUCAGCUUACACCAGCUCAGAAAGCAACGCCCUGCAUACGGCAUGCCUUAGACGUUCAAAAAGCGACGGCAACUAACAACUAUCACGCGUUCUUUGACCUAUACCUGAACGCGCCUAACAUGGGACCUUACAUGAUGGAUUUUUACGCUGGUAGAGAACGAUGCCAUGCACUGAUAAUCAUGUGCACUGCGUAUAAGAGUCUUCCGAUUUCGUUUCUAACCAAGGAGCUGGGCUACACAGCUUCUCAUCAAACAGUCGCGUUCUUAGAAGAAAACCAGGCGGGAUACUUUGUAGGGAUGGAUCGGCCGACAGCGAACCAGCCGACCGGACAAUGGAAGCGCGUUCAGAAAGUCAUUCCUGAUCAUGACAAAAUUCUGGAUUGCGCUCAAGCUAAACCGAAUCUGGUGAAGGCCGUGGCGAAAUACCACAAGCUCGAUAUCAAGCGCAUUUAACUUUUUGUCCCGUGUCUGCAAUAACUCUCGAAUGCGCUCUCCCACGCUCUCGUCAUGCUAUCGCUCAGCCCAUGCAUUCUCGGUUUCUCCCCAGCGAUACGUAUAUCACUGUAACAAUCAACCCACGACUAACUAUCAGCAAUCCUCCCGGUCCAGCCUGGACCAGUGCUACACCUCUGCAGCACGCUUCCCGGUUCGCAACACCGGUAUAUCUUCGGUAGGGAAUUCCUAUUUUCUGCUUGCUCUCUGCUGUACUAGAUAUUCC